AUGUCAGUAAUUCAGAUCUCGUAUAAAUUUGCCAGUUACAGAGAGAAAGUGGAGCCCGGUAUCAACUUGAAUGACAUUCUGCCUCGAAGUCUAAAGCACUUCAAGCUCAGUGGCGAAAACAAAGAUUGGGCACUUCACCAUGGUGGAACACAAUUGCCAUUGUCAGUUCCUCUAAGAUUAUUGAAUUUGGCUAGUGGUGCAACUCUUGAGCUGAAAGAUAAUCAGCAAUCGGAGACUGGAAACAAGAUCUUGAAAAUUAAGUUUUCGGUUUUGAAACGUGGGACCGACAUCUGGAUUGGUUCGCCGUCUACCAAAGUGUUGGAAGCGGUUCAGAACGUUUUUGAUCGUAAUUCUUGGCCUUUGACUGCAGAGAAGCUGAAGCUACAAUGUUUUGCCAAAAUCUUCGAAUAUGAACAAUUACGCAACUCCACGUUUGCUCAAUUGGGCAUUGUUGAUAAUGUUUCUGUUAGAAUAUCCUUCAUUCCAAGCGGUGAACAGGCCAUUGAGCAACAUAAAGCGGCCAAAACUCAUAUUUCACCAGUCGCAGAGGAGCAGGUAUCGCAAAAAACCAGCAUCAAGGAUGAAGAGGACCAGUCAUCAAAACCUAAAGAUCAUUGUCAAGAAAUAGCGGCUUAUAUUCCCGAUCCAGAAGCACCUCUGAUCUCUCAUUCCGAUCAAGAAGAGGAUUUUGAGCUUACUGUCAACCAUUUAAAGAAAUAUCAGAAUAUGCUCUCUAAGAACGCCGGUGGGAACCAUCCUCUCCUUACGAAACGUCUGCAAGAGAAGGAAAGCCCCCCAAAAACAAUCGAGAAUUGUAAUGUUCGGAUACGUUUUCCUGAUCGUACUUGCAUAGACAUUAAUUUCAGGCCGGACGAUACUGUCCACUUGGUUUAUGAAGCUGUGGCAAGAUGUUUGAACGAUAAGACAGCGCCUUUUGCAUUAUUUCACUCGCACCCUCAUAAGCAGGUACCGGAUAACGAUUCAAAGCUGGUCGCGGACGCAAAAUUCGGUUCCAAAACUUUGCUGAUUUUACAGACCACUCAAAGUGACGUUAAACUAAGAUCGGACCUGCUGAAGAAAGCCAAGACGUUCUCAGAUCUGCGUGAAACUGGUGAUAGCAAAGCACAAACGGUACCCAGUCCCGUACCGAAUAGUCCGGAGAAAAAGCCUAGCAAAGGUCUGCGUGUUGGCCAAACUCCAAAAUGGCUAAAACUAGGCAAAAAGUAG